AUGUUCAGAGCCAUACGAAGCUACUCUCAGGUAGUUAAAUACAACAAUAAGGUCAUUCCAGCCCCCAGUAAGUCUGUUCCAGACGUGAACACUUUUUUGACCAAGAUCGGCCGAAACGCUGAGGAGCACAUCGAGAUCUUUGAAAACGACUGGUCCAAGUUCUGGAACGCAAAGUCGUCCGAUAUGAAGGAGUGGGGCAUCGAGCCACAGACCCGUAAAUAUGUGUUAGCAUGGAAGGAGAGAUUCAGACAGGGCCAGGAGCCUUAUCACAUUGCAAAAGGUGUCAAGAAGAACGGAGGUGAAAGAAAUGCUAAGCUACACAAUGCUUUGAAGAGAUUCGAAAAGCUGAAAGCUGAGAGGGAGCUGAGAGAAAAGUACAUGUCAGAACACAAGAACUUCUAA